UUUCGUCUGUCGCAACUGCUCAGCUUCACGGGCGUGAGAAGCUGCCCUUGCUAGUACUUCGUGCUCUCAACUGGGUUUCUUCCACAUCUCCGAAUCUUAUUUCUUUCAGCUUCCUACCUCUACCUUUCAACAACAGUGUCAUACAACGGACGGGCGUAUAAUGUCCUCCAACGUCCCUCGCACCAAGACUGUCCGCUCGACUGGGACAAGAAGCAGCAGCAGCUUGAACAAACCUAUAGGAUUCUCCCGGAGCACCGCUUCAGCUACCAGCCAGGCCAGUCACACCACUUACACCAGCUCCGUCACUAGCGCGGCCGCCCCGCCGUCGACAACCACUCCAACUCCCAAUAUCUCUUUGUUUCUUACCAACCUUCGAUUGUUGGAUCUCGACUUGCUCCCGGAUUGGCCCGACAUCAACGCUGCCACCUUCAGCGUAAAAGAUGCAGCCCAAGGUCAGAAGAAGCGCAUCCAAUGCGUUGAAUGGGCUCUCUAUCAGCUCUUCAACUUGUGGGACCCCGAAGAAACUCGGAACAAGUUAAAGCCUUUCUUUCCGCCUCUCGAAAAUGUCCAAUCCCUCAACCUGCGUGCUGCUCUCGUCCGGAGCUUGGAACAGGCAAAAAAGAAUGGCGUGCUUGGCCGGGAUGCGAUAGUGCGCAAGACAAUGCUCGAUGAGUGCAAGGGCGACAGGCUGGAAGAGAUUCUGGCCAUCUUCUCGUCGGCUGUGCUCAAAAAGGUGGUAGCAGAGCAGCAGCGGAAUGACCCACGAAAAAGACAUCCCGCCCUUGCGCAGGCGCUGGCACUCGAAGAUCGUGGCUACUCAGGCGACCGAUCACAGCUCACAGCUCUCGUAGUUGCUCACCGAGCCUCUCUCUGUCGCACUUUGAAAGACAAAAAAGCGACGAGAGAGAGAUACAGAGAGUUUUCAGACUUGCUAAAGAUCAAGGAGCAAAAAAUUGCUGAUCGACGACAGCGAGCUCAAACUUUGCAAAGGAGGCGCCAAGAUAGCGGAAAAGAGAUCUCAAACCAUGUUAAGCUCGAUGUUUGGCGGACUGUGCGAAACAACUGGUCGGGCAAUGAGCGGUGGUUGGAGACACUCUUACACGGCGACAAAAAUACCCGAAACGAUGGUGUCUUGUCGGCGCCUUUUGAUCGAGUCUGGCACCGCGUUCAAACUGGUCGGAUUUCGGAGCUUGAAGACAAGUCAGAUAGUUUGCUGGACGAGCUGGACGACCGAGUGAAGAGCCAGAAGGAAAGACUCCAGAGAUGGCAGACUUUCCGCCAGCAGAUGUUCGGAAAAACCAGCAAGGACUCUACAACCAAAGAGUCAGCCCCACAGCCCAACCCGAAGGGAAUCGAUCUCGGACUCAGGGGACACGAGGCUUUGCACCGCGGCCGAAGUGCGCGAAGGCUUACUCUCCUCAAACCUGUAACGCCUAAUGAGCUACGGGGCGAAUACAAGGAACUACUCCAUGACUUCAGGUCGGAGUUGUCUAAUAUCGACCCUAAGCUAUCCAGUAUUCCAUCCUGGUUACAAAAGCCAAGAGAGCUGCCACGAAAGGAGUCUGAUACGGAGGUGAUUUCCGAUAUUAGUGAUGACGAGAGGAAUCUUGCCGCAGCGCCUUCUCGAACCUUUCGACGGGAGCUUACAGCAGCCGAAGAUUUAUCAUACCAACCUAUACUGGAGAAGCUAAAGAGUGUCCACGAAGAGGGAGAAGCACUAGCCCAUUCAGACGCCGUCUUUGCUGCAAGUUCAACACGGUCACGAUCCGCGACUCUUCCAUCACAACACACCAACGAUUCUGAGGCAGCAGAGGGCUCCUCUCGCCUAACAAGGAAUCAGCAAAGAGAAGAAGCUACAAACCCAACACCGCCUCAGUCUUCAGUUUCGCCCCCACGCCGUAGGCCAUCCUUGAUCUCCAGGAAGGAGAAGCAACCAGAAAGGCUAUUGAGCAGUACGGCUUCGAGUGACCGUCCACCCUCACCACCGACUGAGGAAAUUCGCCGACAGUACAGCUCUCACCCGUCUCCCGAACCACAACAACUAGCCGACCAGAUCUUGGCGUCCGUCGAUGCCGCCUCGCCUUCCCCCCUGAACAAACCACGGCACACUCUUUCACUGGCCGAACGCACCUGCCUAACCCUUGCUCGGCGCAAUUCACAGGCCGCUGCCAACAACGCAGACGCCGACGGCGACGCAGAUGAGGAAGAAAAUACGUACUUCCCGCCUGUCCGCUCUGCGUCUCACAAACGGUCACACACCAUCUCCAGCCCCUACAAAGCAAGCACACCAGACACACCAGGUGACCCUAGCAACAGCGGAGGAGCAGCAGCAGGAGAAGCAGGAAUAGGAGCAGCAUCAACCUACGAAGACCUCAUGACCCGCACCCGUCGUUCCAUGGCCAACUUCGAGUCUGCCCAAAAGAAGGCUCAACUGGAGAGGCGACGGUCGGAGCGCAAGUCGAAGCAGCUGGCGCCACCGCCAAGGGGUGGGUAUUUCCCUGCGGUGGGCGAAGAAGGAGGAGAAGACGCAGGAGAAGGAAACUCGGCGUUGUUGCUGGCUGAGGAACUGCUUAGUGCGGGGCAGGAUGUGGAUUAUGAUGCUGUUUUUAGGAGUAGGCCGAAGAUUGCCAUGAGUCCGAGGCCGGGGAAGGGGGAUGGAGAUGGAGGGUUUGGGGGGUGGGAGUAGGAUGGGAGGGAAGGAGUGGUGAGCAAUUGUAAGGUAAUCCCGAGAUAGGUUGAGAUGCGAAUAAUAUUGGCCCGUAUCAUGGAAUGUUUUAAUAGGCCCGUAACGGGUUAUGUUAUACAGGUGGUUAGAGUUCGGCAAGACUGACAUUUUCAACCGCACUGCUGAGCGUUCAUAUAUAUGGCCCCCGCUCAUGCUUAUAGUGUUAUGGCCGAUCCAACUAGCCCCUUCACCCACAGGAUCAACGGACAGCUUGGUUA